UUCCAAUGGGACAAUUACUUGAAAGGGACUGGAUCUGUAAGUGCUCCUCCAGAGUAUUUCAGACAGUCCAAGAUUCCACCAGCUAAUGAUUUCAAAGUUGGUAUGAAAUUGGAAGCCCAUGACCCUCGCAAUACUACUUCAGUGUGUAUUGCCACAGUUGUUGGAAUUACUGGUGCCAGGUUACGUUUAAGACUGGAUGGUAGUGACAACCGGAAUGACUUUUGGAGACUUGUUGAUUCCCCGGACAUACAGCCAGUUGGGACCUGUGAAAAGGAUGGGGACUUACUUCAGCCUCCACUGGGGUACCAGAUGAAUGUGUCAUCUUGGCCAAUGUUCCUCCUACGAACAUUAACUGGAUCUGAAAUGGCACCUGCAACACUGUUUAAGAAUGAACCACCAAGGCCAGCCCUAAAUAAUUUUGAAGUGGGAAUGAAACUUGAAGCAAUAGACAGAAAAAACCCUUACCUGAUCUGCCCUGCAACUAUUGGAGAUGUGAAAGGAGAUGAAGUUUAUAUCACAUUUGAUGGCUGGAGUGGAGCUUUUGAUUAUUGGUGCAAGUAUGAUUCUCGAGAUAUUUUCCCAGUUGGAUGGUGUCACCUGACAGGAGAUGUAUUACAACCACCAGGAGCUAAUGUUGCCAUUACAAAGAGUAUAGCAAAAUCACAAGCUUCCCCUUCUAAAGUGACCCGUCGUUCAAUGCAGUCUCCACAGAAAACUGAACCAAUAUUGCCAGCACAGCAGGCCAAGAAAUCAGGUCGGACUAAGUCACCUGGACAGACUUCAAUCUUCAAGAAGGGCAAUUCUCUUAGAAAUAACACAUCAAAGAAAAAAGGCCAAAAGGAAAAAUGUCUUCCUGCUUUGUGUUCUACAUCUGCAACUUUUGUAAAUUUGGUGUCCAGUGAUCAUGGCUAUCAUCCAUAUGAUGAUAAGGAUGCCAGUCCUGGAAAAUCUAAGAUAGUGAUGUCUACAGUCUGUGUCUAUGUAAAUAAACAUGGAAAUGCUGGUCCUCACCUGGAUCAGAAGAGAAUCCAGCAACUGCCUGACCACUUUGGCCCUGGCCCUGUCAAUGUUGUGCUCCGGCGGACCGUGCAGGCCUGUGUAGAUUGUGCCCUUCAGACUAAGACUGUUUUCGGAUUCCUUAAGCCAGAUCAUCGUGGAGGAGAAGUGAUAACUGCUUCCUUUGAUGGAGAAAACCAUUCUGUCCAGCUCCCUCCAGUGAACAGUGCAUCAUUCGCGCUUCGCUUUCUUGAGACCUUCUGCCAGAGCCUGCAGUGUGAUAACCUGUUGAGUAGCCAGCCUUUUAGCUCUUACAGGAGUAACCCUCAUAGCCCUGUGGAACAUGACAACAGUAAAUCAGAAACAGAAGGCUUAUCAGGGAAGAAAAGCACCAAACGAUCUUCUCAGCAACCUCUACCUUAUCCUGCUCCUCUCUCUAAGAUCCCCAAGACAAUGGUGCUUGCCUCUAAAGAGGAAUGGUUGCCUCCUGAAGAAAAUGGCAAGCCCAAAGAAGAAAAGCUGCCCGAAGAAAACAACUCUUCACUAAACUCAGCACACUCUCUGAACCCUGUCUGCAGAAAUCUUGUAAACAUUCAUACCUCAAACUCCCGCAGUUUUAUUCACCCUGUGCCAGGCACCUCAAGCUCAGCAUUAGUUGGGAGCAAAUUAUUUGCCAAGAGCAGUCACCAUGAAGUUAACAGGAUGCAAAUGCAGAGGAAAAGUGAAGUUAUAAAUUAUACAGUUGGACCUGACCCCAGUGCCCUGAAACAAAGCUACUUUAAGGACCCUUCAAGCUGGUCUGUGGAAGAAGUGAUACAGUUUAUGAGACAAACAGAUCCUCGGACAUCAGCCUCCCUGGCGGACCUCUUCAGGCAGCAUGAAAUUGAUGGGAAGGCUCUGUUGCUCCUGAAGAGUGAUGUGAUAAUGAAAUACAUGGGGCUGAAGCUGGGGCCAGCAUUAAAGCUCUGUCACUACAUUGAAAAACUUAAAGAAGGAAAAUACAAUUGA